UUUUGACCAGUCGAGCAAUCUUUCAAAGGAUGAAAAACUACACGAUAUAUGCCGUUUCUAUCACAAUCCGUAUUGUGCUUGGUUUUAUGCUUCUGGCUCUGAUAUGGCAGUUUGAUUUUCCGCCUUUCAUGGUGCUUAUCAUUGCAAUUCUUAAUGAUGGUACCAUUAUGACGAUAUCGAAGGAUAGGGUCAAACCAUCUCCGCUGCCUGAUAGCUGGAAACUGGCUGAGAUUUUUACUACUGGAGUUGUUCUUGGUGGCUACUUGGCAAUGAUGACAGUCAUUUUCUUUUGGGCAGCAUACAAAACAAAUUUCUUCCCGCGAGUAUUUGGGGUAUCAACACUUGAGAAAACAGCAACUGAUGAUUUUAGGAAGCUUGCCUCUGCAAUUUACCUUCAAGUAAGCACUAUCAGUCAGGCCCUGAUCUUUGUCACAAGAUCUCGAAGUUGGUCGUUUAUGGAGCGUCCUGGGUUGUUGCUAGUGGUUGCUUUUCUGAUUGCUCAACUGGUUGCCACCUUGAUUGCUGUUUAUGCAAAUUGGAGUUUUGCUGCAAUUGAAGGAAUUGGCUGGGGUUGGGCUGGAGUGAUCUGGCUUUACAAUAUUGUGUUCUAUAUCCCGCUAGAUUUGGUCAAGUUCUUCAUCCGUUAUGCUCUCAGUGGGAAGGCCUGGGAUCUUGUUAUUGAGCAAAGGAUUGCUUUCACCAGAAAGAAGGAUUUCGGGAAAGAACAGCGUGAGCUUCAAUGGGCACAUGCACAGAGAACCCUGCAUGGCCUCCAAGUUCCAGACCCCAAAAUAUUUAGUGAAACUACCAAUUUCAAUGAGCUUAACCAGUUGGCUGAGGAAGCGAAGAGGAGAGCUGAAAUUGCUAGGCUACGUGAGUUGCACACACUGAAAGGUCAUGUCGAAUCAGUGGUGAAGUUGAAGGGUCUUGACAUUGAGACAAUUCAGCAGGCAUACACCGUUUAAGGGGAAAGUCUGUUUGGGAGGUGUAGUUAGGUGUGGUCAAGGCAGCUAAGAUAUCAAUGUCAUAGUUAGUUACCUUUGAAAUAGCAUGUUCAUAUUAGCGACGUCUUCAGCACUUACCUUAUAGGUUACUUUUAUUUUGCCCUUUCCUGCCUUCAUGUCCUAGCUCAUGUAGAUGUAGCAGUAGUAACACAGUGUGUGAACAUCAAGUUAUGCCAGCAUUCUAUGUCUAUAUUCGUGAAACCUUUUGUCUAAAUAUAUUUCGUGUUUGGCAUCCACUUAUGUUGUACUGGUUUGCCUUCAUUUCUUGGCUUCA